UCUUCCCCUAUAUAACCCUCACCUUCUUCCUCAUCUUCAUCGCCCUCCUCCUUCAUCUCCUCGCCACUUCACUUGCUCUCUCAUACCUGCGUCUCCAAUUCUUCUGCGCUUUCUCUGCUAACUGAUCACAAAUGGAGCCUGUAGCAUCCAAGAGGGCUAGACCCCAAGAAGAAGAAGAAGAAGUUAAUAACAGUGAAGAAUCGUUAAAGAGGCAAAAGCCUUACAGCCAAAUACUCUCUCUUCUCGAAUCAGAAGAAGAGGAAUCCCCUCAAGAUCUCUCUCCUCUCAUCACCACUCUCCAACAAGAAAUAACUUCUUCUGACCAGACCCCUUUGGCUCCGCCACCCGCGGAAAAUUCUGAGGCCGUCGUCGUCCACCCAGAAACUCAUCAGCAAAACCUUGCUUCUUCAUCUUCUUCUUCUUCUGAAACCCCUUUCACAGAACCAGUGAUGAGACAUCUCCUGGAAGCUUCGGACGAUGAGCUUGGAAUCCCAAACACAGGGUGGGACUUUGGGGAUGAUUAUGGGUUUAGUAGCAGUAUUAUGAACAAUGAUACAGAAGAUAUUAAUGGGUUUGCUUCUCUCAGUGAUGGCUUGUGGGAGUUUGAAGAUGAAACUGCUAACUAUUAUACUUUGUUGCAGUCUCAGCUUUUUCUUUAGGUUCUUAUUAUGAUUUUUGCUGAGACCCUAAGAAAGAAUAGAUACAAAGAUAGGAGGAAUUUUUUUUUUUUUAAGUUUUUCAAUUUUCAAUUAUCUGCUUUUGUAUAAAGAUUAUGGGUUGGGAUGGAGCAUUGGCAUGCUAAUGACCUAAUUAACUGAAGCAGGAUGUUGAUCAACCA